AUGGAUCGACCACAUCCACGUGUAUUUACUGAAAGAACUCUUGCUAUCGUUAAGCCAGAUGCCGUCGACAAAGCAGAAGAAAUUGAGGACAUUAUUCUUAAAUCUGGUUUUACUAUACUGCAGGUAAGUGAAAAGGUGAUAAGUUCCCUGAUAUAUGCUGUAUCGUGCUCAGUGGUGUUUUGCCAGCUGUUGGUUUCUAAAAUGUAAUAUUCACUUUUAUAUACAUACCUGUAAGAUAAACUAACUUUAAUGGGAAGUCGUUAUCUGAGUAAAUUUAACCCUCACAUUCUGUUCUAAUCUUGUAUCCUCACAGUAUGUUCCGGGUCAAAGAAUUGCCCAUGUAGGAAGUAUUUUCACCACAGUUCCAACCCCAAACCUAUUCAUAAUGUUUAAAUGACCUAUGCUACUUUUUAAAAAAUGUUGAUUAAUCCUUCCUAAAUGUAUCAAAGAGCAGGGAAAGUGUAUUAUUUUAUUUUAUUUUUUUCAGUUUUAACACCACUCGUUUUUGGUGAAAUAUAUAUUUAGGAGAGGAAUAUCUACUACACAAAAUAAUUUCAUGUAAUCUUAUGUAAAAAGAAUAUAAAAGUCAUAGUGAUUUGAGUAUAUUUCAUUGAACAACAAACUUUAUAUUAAACACUGUUCUCACUGCUUGUCACUUGUCCCACACUGGUAGAUCUAAAAUCCAUCUAAAUAGAUACCUGUCAAAUUUGACCCGUAACAGCCUAAGAGGUGAAAAUGAAGUAGCACAUACACAAAAAUUCACAUGAAUAUUUUUGAAUUAUUUCAUGUAUUUUGGGUCACUUUAGGAAAAAUCAUCAAGUUUCAGGCUUAAAGAAUGACGUUUAUGGUAUUUUUACUGAUGUUCAGUGUCAAAACGGGUUAAAUUCGACCUUAACAGUUUGUAAGGGUUAAGUGUGUGAUAUAGGAAAAUAGCUUCACAAUUAUGGAAUUAUCCGCUAGAUGGCGCUGAAAAAUUAUAAUACAGCAAACACGCCUUUUUUAAAAACUAAGUUUUUUUUUUAAGCGAUUGAGUACAAACAGUACUGAAAUAAAUCAGUCUUUGUCUGGCUUUCAGAGUAAACUUGACCGUAAAAACUCUAUGUGUGUUUACAUUUCACUUGUGUCCAUGUGGCAGAAGCGGAAGCUGCAGCUGAGUCCAGAGCAGUGCAGUGAUUUUUACGCAGACCAGUACGGAAAGCUCUUUUUUCCGAGCCUGACAGCCUUCAUGAGUUCCGGCCCCAUCAUUGCACUGACGCUAGCCCGCAACAACGCCAUUGCCCACUGGAAGUCCAUCAUAGGACCUGUGAACAGCAUCAAAGCCAGAGAGACUCAUCCAGAGUGGUCAGUAUGUUUAAUACCGUGUGUGUGUUGUGUAUAUAAUGACAAGUGGUGCGCUGGUCUUUAUAAACCACGCAAUAACCCAUGAUAUUUUUUGACAAUGUUUAUAGCUGUGUCUCUCAAUGUGUAAAAAAAUGUGCUCUGUUGAGAAGAACUUUAAGGAAGCCUUAUGCCAGUAUUGUGCUGCUGUGCUCCUCAAUUAUACCAGAACAAAGUUUUUUGGUCUUAGUUUUUAAGAUGUUCUGGAAGUCCUUAGCAGUCUGCUUUUUCUCAGACAUAAACUGAAUGACCCCCUUUUUCUUAAAGACUCAAACCAGAGGGAACAGUGUGUCUCCAUAGAAAAGCGCAGUGCUGAUAUAUGUUGGUAGAAUUUACUGUCUCAGUUUUCUCCUUCUGUUACUAACAUUUAUAUUUAUAUAUAUUUAAUUAGACUGUAUAACUGUACAGUAAAAUGAUAUAUUUUCUGGCUCAGGUCAAGCUAUGGUUCUGGUUUAGUAAUGUCUUGUCAUGCUGCUUUCUGUUAAAGCAGCUUUUGUAAUCAUCGAGCUACAUUCAUUAAAUUACUUUUUUUUUUUUUAAUCUGAGUGACUAAUGAACUUUUCUAACUCUAAGAUUCAGAUUGAGGGUGUUGGGGACAUAUAAGGUGCUUUUUGACAGCAAGAACUCUACCCUAGAACGAGGGACCAUUUGAAGAACUUUGUGUGCUUAAACCAUGGGAACUGGGGUCUUAUGCUAGUUGCAGGGUAAUCGAUGUAUCCACCAAAAGCCCCAUACUGAGUUACAAAAAGUUCUGGGAUAUUGUCCAAAUAGUAUUUAGUUUAUGCGUGUGAAAUCCAACUCCAUGAUAUUGUCUGUUCUCCUAAAUCAAGAGGCAGCCAAUAAAACACAGUGAUGUAUUUCUCCACAGCCUGAGAGCAAAAUAUGGCUCUUCUGAUUUGAAAAAUGCACUUCAUGGCAGUGAAUCAUUUCAUGCUGCUGAAAGAGAGAUCAAAUUCAUGUUCCCAAACUGUAAGUAAUAUUCCAUCUUAUAUAUUGUGUUUGGUAAAGCAGUGAAGAAAUUUCACCAAACAAAGUGUAAAUCUUACAUGGUCACUCUCUCUCUCUCUGCAGCUAUAAUUGAACCCUUUCCCCCUAAAGAAGCGACAGCAGAGUACUUAAGCAAGUAUGUGAACCCAACUCUGCUGCGUGGACUUACUGAACUCUGCAAACACAAGCCACAUAACCCCUGUGUAUGUAAAAGUGCUAUUUAUUUGAAGAUACAGAGGUAUAAUUUUAUAGAUGCAUAUAUUGAAGAUGUUUGCUGUUCUGAUAUCUACAUCUUUAAAAAAUUCUCACUCUAUCCUCCUAUACUUUUGUUUUCUGUAGAUCUGGCUUGCUGACUGGCUGGUCAAAAAUGAUCCAAACACACCACAAAUUUGUGAUGGAGUCCAAGUAGAAGAGUCUGAAUAACAUCGGGGGACAUGCACAAACUAAGAACUUGUAUUUUCACAGCAAUUUAUUUGCUCAGUGCUACAAAAAAAAAUCACCACUUACCAUCAGUUAAGUUUACAUUGUUUCAGGGCUGAUGUUUGACAUUUGGUCCGGAAAUUGUAUCAGCCCUUCACUUUACAGGUGGCCCCUGAAAUAAAUUAAAUAAGUGUGCUACUUUGGCUCCCCUGUUGGUGUGUCUUUCCCUCUGGGUCUGUUUUCUUGCACCACUUUUUCUCACCUGAUAUCCUGUCUACAAAAUUAUCUGAUUGGCGAGACAUUACACAACUGUGUGUCACAAGUAUACUAUUAGUGUAAAUUAUGAGGAAUGUUUCAUUUUUGAUUAAACAUUAGCUAACGGCAUGUCAUAAAAGUUUUGUUUAAUAUCACAAAUUUUACGUAUUGACAGAUAUCUUUUGUUCCAUAUAAUGGUUAUCGCUGUUAUGAACAACUAGUAGUCGGUAUUGACUCUGAAAAACCAACUACCUCGACUGUUAUGCAGAGGAUAACACAAGUUACAACAAAUUAGUAUAACCCUCUAUUUCACCGGAUCCCUAUUGAUCACCACAGAGUAACAUCUCCAUGUAAGUCCUAUCAAAAAUACCCCAAACAAAAUGAGGUUGCUUUUAUAAUGGAUAACUUUCGUAAUUUUUGACAGCUUUUCAGGAAAAAGAGGGGCUGAACGCACAUGUUAGGAUUUUUUCUGCGAUUGGCAUAAUGGUCAUCUGAUGACAAUUAAACAUCUGAAGAAUGUACCAAUGGUUUGAACAUUAUGUUGUAUUUACAGACGAGCAAAUCGGUCAAAUACCAAUCGUCACGACAAAAGCAUAGUGUUAGUAAGAGGUGGUCAGUCGUCGUAAUCACGCUUUCCCUCCCAGUCGAGAAUAAACCAUUUUUUCAUUUACAGCAGAAAAGGUACUUUGCGUGCCUUCCUGUGCGUAGGGGGUGUGAACUUCUUCUAUGAUAAGAAUACAGCGUGAAUCCUAUUGGCCAAUGAUUUAAAAGACAGCAGUUAAGGUCCAAUCACAUGGACUCUCCAUGGAAAUGUCGUUUUUUUCUGCCGGUUCUAGAAAACCAACCACGAGUUGUCGUCGUGUGGGAGAAUCCAUCUUGAAGAGAGCUCUCCGGUUGUGUGACGAGUAAGCACAAUUUUGUUGUUCAUUGGUCAUUUUUGUCGAUAAAAUAUCACGUAAGUACCUUCUGGGUGAAUUACAUUUUGAGUUAAUUCUGUUAAAUAUUAAGCAACAAAAAAUACAAGUGUUCAGUGCGGCUAGAGGGUUGACUGCAUUACGUAACUGCGAAUGAGAAAACAGUAUAGUAGAGGCUUGGUUUUAUCAGUGUUCUGCAGAUUGUUGCGCUCUUUAAUCUUUUGCUACAGAGGUAGUGUGCUGUACGUAUUGAGUUUCCACGGGCUUGUGGAAUGUGACGUUGUUGAGUUGCCAUUAGCAGGCACUUGGAAACAAAGACGUCGUUGUAUGAAUGUAUGGAACGCGAUUGUGCCGGUCAAAAUGGUGGGAAAUGCAUGCAUUGGCACCAUGUAAAUGGCGAGGCGUGCACGGCUAUGCUGGUUAUGUAACAAGUCUUUCUUACUAAUUUGAAAAAUUUGGAUUUAGGUGCAAGAGUUCAACAUGUCUGAGAUAGAGCAGCAGUACAUGGAGACGUCGGAAAACGGCCAUGAAGUGGAUGAUGAUUUUAACGGAGCCGGCCACACCGAGGAGGGGAUCGACGAAAGCGCCGUGAAUGAGUGCGGAGAGGGCGAGGGAGCCGACGAGAACUCUCAAAACGGUGGAACGGAAGGCGGUCAGAUCGACGCCAGCAAAGGCGAAGAGGAUGCUGGGUGAGUUUACUGUAAAAUAACGUGAAUUUGUGUCAUAUUGUGUGCUGUGGAGCACUCAUGGUUUGCCGUGUUCCUUUGUUCAACCGGCCUUUGUUGGCGCCAUAUGCAUAGCGGAGGGGGGAUGGGCGCUUCAGCGUGGGUCAAAUCUAACACGAAUUGGCGCAUAAGGGUCGCUCGGCACUAUGUGUCUGUUGCAGUAGCAUUGUAGUAAUCAAGUGUAUAUUGAUUUAAUCUCGGGAAAUAGCAUAGCAUAGCAACAGCCCGACGUCAUGGGUCAACAGAUGUUCGGGAACAGUGUGUACAUUUGCACCCCCCUCCUGCUCUAUGCAUCCCCGCCCCCACGACCCUAUAUAAAGUUGUUGGAGAGGUACUGCAUGUAAUCCUUAACAUGUCCCCUUCACUUCUGUGCUCAGGAAAAUGUUUGUUGGUGGUCUCAGCUGGGACACAAGCAAGAAAGAUCUUAAGGAUUACUUCUCCAAAUAUGGUGAGGUGACAGACUGCACCAUUAAGAUGGACCAGCAGACAGGACGGUCCAGAGGUUUUGGCUUCAUUCUCUUCAAAGAUGCAGCCAGUGUUGAUAAAGUGAGUGGGAAGGAUAAUAUCUCAUACCAUUUCUUUUUAUGUUAUCAGAGUGCACAGAUUAACUGAUAAUCCUUUUUUUUUUUAAUUCUAGGUUCUAGAGCAAAAGGAGCACAGGCUAGAUGGCAGAGUCAUCGACCCGAAGAAAGCUAUGGCCAUGAAGAAGGAUCCAGUCAAAAAAAUCUUUGUGGGAGGCCUUAACCCAGACACCUCAAAGGAAGUCAUCCAGGAGUAUUUUGGCACGUUUGGGGAGGUACAGUAUCACUCAAAUUUCGUUUAGUUAUCAAAUAAUAAAAUGUUUAUGCUGGUUGCUUCAGAAGUUUGUUAUCACUUGUUUAGAUUGAGACCAUUGAACUUCCACAAGAUCCAAAGACGGAGAAGAGGAGGGGAUUCGUCUUCAUCACAUAUAAAGAUGAGGCUUCAGUGAAGAAGGUCAUGGAGAAGAAAUUCCACAAUGUCGGUGGAAGCAAGGUAGAUGCUUAUCACUGUUGUUCAUACAGCUUAACGUGCAUAUUGUGCUCUGCCAUACACCAAAACAAAUAAGGUUCUAAUGUGCAUUUUUAAUGUGUUUUAGUGCGAAAUUAAAAUUGCCCAGCCCAAAGAGGUCUACCAGCAGCAGCAGUAUGGCGCCCGUGGAUAUGGGGGGCGUGGCAGAGGACGUGGUGGUAAGCACAUUUUUAGUAGUGUAUCAGCAAUUAGUGUUUUGAACUGUGUUUAUUGGCAGAUUUAAGUCUGUGCUGAGUGAUCACUUGGGUCCUGUGUGCUUGAGGGUUUGACAAAGGCCUCACCUGUUGUUUCUAGGCCAGGGCCAGAACUGGAAUCAAGGUUACAACAACUACUGGAACCAGGGAUACAACCAGAACUAUGGCUAUGGACAGCAAGGCUACGGAUAUGGCGGCUAUGGCAACUAUGACUACUCUGCUGGUUAUUACGGCUAUGGGGGUGGCUACGAUUACAGUAAGCGAUAAGUGCCCCCAGGAAAAGCAAAAGAAUGAGAGAAACUUUAUUUUCUUGGUCCUCCUUGUUGUACAGAAGAACUCAGUCCCUUUUUCUCUUGUCCUCCAGACCAGGGCAAUACAAGCUAUGGGAAAACUCCAAGACGUGGAGGCCACCAGAGUAGCUACAAGCCAUACUGA